CAGAUUGUCAUGGCGAAUGAAAACUGUGAAAAUGUUUGAAACACCCUGAUUUCGAUUAGUGUUUGUACUAAUUAUAGCGAACAAUUUGACAAUACUAACUUGAUUUCGUAAUGCUGGUAUAUUAAAGUCUACGGGAAACACAAGGUAUGGAGCAGGUCAAUUUAGAAAAAGAUUUAUCGGCAGAAAAACUACCAAGAACACGUGAAGGGACUCUUAUUGAGAACUUUGAGUUUGAAGAAGACCCAGAAAAUGUUCUCGAACAACUUUCUGAUGAUGAACUUGCUGAAAGAGUAGAAACAAUUUUAAAAGAAAGAAUCCAGGAUGGGAACAAAGAGGCAAUAUUUCAGUUAGGGCAGUUGUAUUUUGAACAGGAAAAUUAUGAUAAAGCCAGGGAGCAAUUUCAGUCAGCUGUCGAUUGUGGGGGUCGUGAUUACCAGGCCAAAUAUCAGCUUAGUGUCAUGCUGUAUGAUGGCCUAGGAGGCCCACAAGAUUGUAAAAAAGCUCUAGAGUAUAUGCUUGAUGUUGCUAACUCUAAGUCUAUACUCUCCAAGCAUCUUAUCCAUGCUGCACAGUAUAAUGUUGGAAGAGCAUACUUCCAGGGAUAUGGAGUAAGGCAAUCUGAUGAAGAGGCUGAAAGAUGGUGGGUAUUGGCUUCAGAUGAUGGCAACCCCAAUGCAAGUGUCAAGGCUCAAACAGCAUUAGGUUUCUUCUAUUCAAGACCUGAUACACUCGAUCUUAAGAAAGCUUUUUUCUUCCAUUCCGAGGCUUGCGGGAACUGCAGCUUGGAAUCUCAAGGAGCACUUGGGGUGAUGUAUCAGAACGGCUUGGGCUGUAAGAAGAAUCCAGAUGCUGCUUGUGAAUGUUUACGGGAAGCAGCCAACCGUGGUAAUGUCUACGCCAUGGGAAAUCUUGUAGCAUACUAUUAUAAACUGAAACUUUUCACAAAAACUGCAGAUCUGGCAGCAAGAGUUGCCAUGUUAGAUGAUGUAGAACAGAUUGCCCGAGAAACAGAAUGUUUACCUGGCUAUGUUGCGAAGGGUCUCGCUCUAGGCUGUUUCUUCUAUGCUAGGUGCUUACACUUAGGCCACGGUGUCAAAAUCAAUAAAGAACAAGCUAAAACAUAUUACUCUAAGUCUUAUGGAUUUGAUGCGGAUACUUGUGCACACUUACAAAAUGUCACACAACAUGGAGAAAUCUAGCGUCUUGUAGUCCUUUCCUACUUAGCUUUGCAUGGAGUUUACAAUUAAUAAACAUCACAACAUGGAAAAAAGUAGCACCUUGUAGCUUUUCCUCCUUAGCUUGCAUGGUCUUUAUUUUAGAAAAUAUGAGGAAAUGUAGCUGUUUUUGGUAGUUUUCCUCAUAAGCUUUGCUGGAAAUUUGCUACCCAAUGCUUCUAGGAAAAAUAACUCUCAGGUUAAUGUAUAUAGCAUAGAAAACAAGAAUCAUUAUCCACAUUUUGCUUGAUUGACAUUUAUCAAUGUACAUUAGCUUUGCAUGGACUAAUGGUAUUGUGUAGCUCUCUCUGAAAGCCUUUUCUCAAAUUAGGGAUGGUGACCAAGUAUUGACGGUUGCGAAGAGUUAUAUUAUUAGGAUUUCCUCCCCCCCCCUCCAUCGUAAGAGACCAUAGCCUUCUAUCAAUACAUUUCUUUGCAAGGCAGAAAUGGUCUGAGUAUUAGAAUGUGCCUCUCCCCCUUCUCCUAUAUAAAGAAGUUAAGAAUUUUCACAAAAUCAUUCUUCACUUAUGGUAUUGUCAUUUACCCCCUCCCCAUCGAAAUUAAACUUUGUUCUUCCACUGUUAACAUUUGGAGACCAUCCCUAACAAACCCAGUUGACUUUUGUUAUAUUGUCAUAAGUGAAUUGUGACAGAUAAUUGAAAUUCAGAAAUUCUUAUCCAUGACACUUUUUAGAAACAAGCCUCAGUUUUUUUUGUUGAGGUAGGCUAUAUUGUAGGACACAUCAUUUUAGAAAUGCUUUACUUAUUUGCUUUAAACCUUCUUCAUAUGGGAUUAAGCAGCUGAUGGGCUUGUAUUUCUGUUUUCAAUUACCCUAUCUGAAUCAACUCCACAGAUUGGCACUAUGGCAUGAGUACAUCAUUGCAUUGUUUUGGUGUUGUGAUAUUUCGGAAAUGUUCACUACCAGUGAUGGACACUUUAUUGCAUGCGAGUUAAUGGAAUUAAACUGGCAAAAGUUCCCAUUUGGAAGUGUUUGAAAUGACAUAUAAGAAAGCUGUACAGAUAAUGGAAGAUGUAAGAACCAUCUACAUAAAAUAGUAUUGUACAUAAAAUUUUAAUGCUGAAGGCAUUUGAAAUUAAGUUAUUGUCUGUUUAUGUUUGUAAGAAUAUUUAGUGGUCAAUUGUAAAAACUGUAUUCUUUUAAGGGAGAAAGUGCAUCUCAAACUUGGACUCUACUAUGUAUAUGUAUGUACAGGGUGGCCCAAAAGGGGGCCUCAAACUCCUUUUUGGACCACCCUGUAUUAAUGUUUCUUAAGAAAGCUGCCUUCAUUUGGGAGAUCGGGCUGAAUGUCAGUGUAAAAGUGAGAAAUAAAUCAAAA